AUGAUUUGUUUCUCUAAUACGCAGGUAUGGUUCCAAAAUCGUAGAGCUAAGUGGAGGAAAAAAGAAAACACAAAGAAGGGUCCAGGGCGACCAGCUCACAACUCCCACCCAACAACAUGCAGUGGAGAGCCCAUGGACGCGGAGGAGAUCGCCAGGCGAGAGCUGGAGAGGAUGGAGAAGAAGAAGAGGAAGCAGGAGCGAAGACUGUUGAGGUCCCAGAAUAAACUUUUGUCAGGGGACCUAUUUCACACCCCAGGAUCUGACAGUGACAGUGGAGUGUCACAAGUGACAGACAGUGAACAAAAUCCACAUUGUGACUCUGUAGGCCGAAACCAAACCCAAUCGAGCUGUGACCAAACACCACAAACCCUCCAGAACCAAAGACACUUGAACCAAGAUGCUGGUGGAUCCGAGCUGGACUCGUCCGACAGCAGUCAACAGUCAAGCAUGUGCGCCAAUAGCAGAGUCUCCAACCUUCAGAAACUGAACCCAUUCAGCGUAGAAAGCCUUCUAUCCGACUCCAGACCAAGGCGCAAACCGAACAUAGAUGGAUUUUCUGCCUUACCCUCCUCGCGGCCUUUGAUAGGGAAAGGACAUUUCUUACUCUAUCCUAUCACCCAGCCGCUUGGAUUCCUUGUUCCUCAGACUGCUUUGAAGACAACACCAUCAGACUCAGAUGCUGCCAACUCCACACAAAGAACCCCAGUGAAUGACAGCAGCUUAUCUGCCAAUACUGGACAUAAAAACCAUAAGGAGUCCAACAAUCUCAACGACGCGAAAGCAAUCAAAGUGCAGGUCAACUUUACCGCGAAAAAUACUAGUUCCCCACAGAACAGCCCAGGCCAUGUUACCUUUCCAGUAGCAACUGUAGUCAGUCUUCAGCCUGUUGUAGUGCAACAUAUUUCCAAGAUGAUGAUGAUUCAAAGUAUCUGCCAUUAGACAAAAAAGAGCAGUCUGUAAAAGACUACCCAGAGAGUUCCGAGUCUGUGACAACCAACUGUCCACCCGAGACAAAGACAGAGACUCAAGAUGUCGAUAUGGAAUAAUAGACCUAUAGGUGAGAAACAAUAUUGAUAGCGUCAACAACACCUUUCAUUUGCCCAAAGCUCAAUCACGUCUUAGAAUAUAAAUUCUCAUUUUACAGAUGACAUAUAUAGCCUAUUUUCUGAUGAUGAUGGGUUAUAACUGUGUGUGUGUUUGUUGCGUGCGUGCGUGUAUAUGUGCACGUGUGGUGGU